AUGCAGUUCCUCCUUCUGUUUCUUCUGACCUUCUUAUCCGCGUAUUCAAAUGAAGGCGAGAAGGGGCUUCAGAGGAACCUCUACGUAACGGACAAUUAUCACCAGAAUGUGGUGUCCAUACGGACGCGCAAACACAUUCGCCAUUGGGGUGACAAUCACUUCUGUGCCGGCUCCCUGCUCUCCGCCUGGUGGGUCGUCACCUCCGGCUGUUGUGUGAGCACCAGGCCGGAGAGCACCCCAAACCAGUCGAGUAAUCGCAAGAAUCUAAGGGUUGUCGUCUUCACGCCCCAGCGAUUGAAAAAGCCAUCUCCCAAGAACAUAUACCACGUUCAGAAGAUUGUGUUGGACGAGUCCACCAUGAGUGGGUGCUCCGAAUUGGCUCUGCUGAAGCUGGAUCGCGGCGUUACUGGCCAAAGGUUUGCCAUGAUGCUGCCGGAAAAGGAGUUGAACAGCACAUGGCUUUGCAACUCUCUCGGAUGGGGCAGGAUUUACUACGACGGACCCUACUCGAGCGAGCUGAUCCAAAUCAGAGCCCAGAAGAUUUCGGAGUAUAACUGCAAGCCUGGUUGCAGCAGCUGCCUGUGCAUGAGUAGCUAUACAGGCAGGGGCAAUAUGUGCCAGCAGGACUUGGGCAGUCCGCUCUUCUGCGAUCACUUCCUGUACGGCGUGGCGCGUCGGGUGCUCACUUGCCAGGAUGAGGGCUUCAUGGUGUACACCAAUGUCUACCGAAACCGCAAGUUCAUCGAGGACACAUUGAGUGGCGCACCCUGGCCAAAAAAGUCCAAUGUUUUCGUCUAUUUCAUUGUGCAACUGGUGUUAGCAUCUUUUUCGGUAUUUUCAUCUGAUUGA